AUGAGCCUUUGUCACCUAACAAAGUCGUAUCACAUUGGGCGGUAUGCAUCAAGGUAUUUGGUGGCAAAUGCAAAAGCAACAAGAUGGCAGAAUCAACUUACAUUAUCGCGAAUGAUCAAUACUAGCUUGCGGUAUGCGGCCACUGACAAAUCAAAAAUUGAACACACCUUGAAAAUGUUACGGGAAGAAGUCCAAAAGCAGGACGAAGAUGCUCAGAAGCUCAGUCUUAUGAAGUCCCAAACGAACGUGGUCGAAACCAAACCGCCUUUGAAAGAUCGAAUUAUUCAUGAGUUAAAGCACUAUUAUCACGGUUUUCGUUUAUUGGCUUUGGAAACUCGUGUCAGUGCGAAAUACUUGUGGAGAGUGCUUCGUGGAGCGACUUUAACUCGUCGUGAGCGUCAACAGUUGGUCCGGACAGUUUCCGAUCUCUUCCGACUUGUUCCAUUCUCAUUUUUUAUAAUUGUUCCAUUCAUGGAACUGGCAUUGCCGAUUUUCAUCAAGUUGUUCCCCAACCUCCUUCCGAGCACAUUUCAGGAAUCGAGUAAAGAAGAAGAAAAGUCUCGUAAACAAGUGAAAUUGCGUGUAGAAAUGGCUAAAUUUUUGCAAGAUACAAUUGAGGAAAUUGGACUUGAACGAAAAUCAAAUCAACAAUCAAAAUCUCUUGAAUUUGCUCAAUUCAUCAAAAAAGCUAGAAGAGAAGGUGGUUAUGUUUCGAAUGGAGAACUCCUCAAGUUCACGAAACUAUUCGAAGAUGAACUUACUCUUGACAAUUUGAGUAUGGGACAAUUAAGAUCGCUCUGUCGUUUAAUGGGAUUGAACUCAUUUGGAAGCCCAGAAAUUCUUAGAUUCCAAUUAAACUUGAAAAUUCGUGAAUUGAAAGCAGAUGAUAAGCAAAUUGCCUCUGAAGGAGGAGUUGAUGCCUUGAGCUCAAUCGAUUUGCAACAGGCGUGCCGCGCUCGUGGAAUGAGAGCUGUUGGUUUGAGCGAGGCUCGUUUAAAAGAACAACUAAGUCAAUGGUUGGAGUUGUCGCUUAAUGAUAAAGUUCCACCGUCGCUUCUACUUUUAUCGAGAACGCUCUACCUACCAGAAGACGUUUCGUUCCCAGACCGACUGAAGUCGAUUAUUCAAAACUUGCCGGAUGGAAUCGCCGAGACGACUCGACAAAAGUUGACCGAAAUUGAAGGCGGUAAAGUUGAUUACAAGGCGAGGAUAGAACUUAUCAAAUCAAUUGAAAAUGCCAUCCGGAAAGACAAAGAAGACACCACAAAACGAUUGGAAGAAGAGAAACAAGCAGAAUUGGCGAAGAAAGAGCAACAAGAGCAGAAAAUGGCCGAUGUUGAAAAGAAAGAUGCAGUUAUACAAACUCUUAAGGAAGAGAUUCCAAGUGGUAUUGUCGCUACUGCCGCUGCUGCAGUUGCUGAUAUUAGCAAUGAAGAAACAAAAGAAAUCAAGCUUGAUCCGAAAGAUUUGUCUUCGAUUGAAGAACUAAUUACCGGUGGUCCUUUGCAUGAGGCAAAACACGACAUUAUUGGAUUGAAAGAGAAAGUUAUCGAACAUUCAGAGGACCUUAUUGAAAUUCAUGCAUUGGAUGGAGCGUUUGCGGAGACAAUGAUUGCUAAAAGGCUCCGAAACAAAUUGAAUUCCAUGAUUGAGGAUGUUGAUUCGUUGGUUCAGAAGCUAGAAAACGAGAAGCGCACGAUACAAGAACAACUUGCUGAUCCAGCUGUAGAAGGAGAUGAAGAUUUGAAGAAAAAAAAAGAAGUGAAGAUUCAGGACGUUAUUGAUUCACUUUCCCGACUUAAAGAAAGCGGCGAAGAAAGUGUGAAGCAAAAAGAACGGAUUGAAACUCUUUUGAAAACGAUUGACGACGACGCUGAUGGAAUUGUGGAUCGUAAGCUUGUUCUAGAGGUUAUUGAAUUUCUUGAAAAACACACUGAUAUGAAAUUAUCCACAUCUCAAAUGGCUUCUCUUAUUGGAACGUUGAAAAAAGAAAACGAAGUGGCUCAAUUAACAGAAGACGUCAAAAAGAUGCAAUCUGGAGAAGUGGAAUACCCUGUGUUACCAUCGGGGCCAUCGUCUGCCGCCGCAUUCAAUCAGCCACUGGAACACGACAUUCGGGAGAAUGUGAUGGAAAAGGUAGAAAAUGGCGUUGACAUUCCUCGUGUUGAUUCAAAGGUAACCUCAACACUUCAACGUUCUAAUCAGAAAAAACCGAAAGUUGAACCGCCGAUGUAA